AAUUAAAAACUUUCGGCUAAAAGACUUUAAAAAGGGAAAAAGACAACUAGAUAAACAAAAUUUAUGAAAAAGACAUUAAACUUUAAAAUAUGGAAACAUAUUUCAAACAAAAACUUAUUCAAAAUUAUUCACCCGGUUGAAACAACCGAAAAGUGUAAAACAACAGAAGUUAAAUCGACAAACCGACACACCCACACAUACAACAUGGGAACCAAAUUUUCUGCUUAGUGGAUAAAUAUAUACCUAUAGAUAUGUAUACAUUCGAUCGUGAUGAAUUGAACGUGUGUUAUUGCAUCCCUAGGAGCGGCAACCCGGUAUAUAAGAAUCAAAUUCUUCGCUCUUAAGCAACAAAACCGUGUAGGGGUUUUUUGGUGGAAAACAACAAAGCAAAAUUACUCUCAUACACAGAGCCACCUAGAGAGGUAGGAAAUACAUUUUAGGCUGUACUCUUUGGAUGUUGCUAGCGUUAACGUACAAGACAGGGGUCUUGUACAAUUCGGCAUCGAUGUCCCGGUUUUUUUUUUCGCUCACCAAAUGUGACUACUAUUUCGACUAUUUCCUUUUGGCACACCGUUUGUGAUAUCUGAUUGAGCAUAGUACACACCCUUCUUGGAAGCUCGUUCGUUUCGUGUUUUAUCGAGAAGGGUUUUUUAGUUUAGCGCCGAACAGUAAUAAGCGUUAGCAAGAGCAAAUAACGAAAAAAGGAACCCCGCAACCACACAGCAUAAACGCAUUUGCACGCACCCCACCCGGUAGUAAUAGUGGUAGCGUCCGGUGGCGCCAUCUGUCAGCAAAACACGAACACGAACCGCCUUCGUCAUCGAUAACACAAUGUUAGUCGCCUUCGCUGUAUUACCUCACCGUAUUUUUAGAUGGCAACGUUUUGUCGUUUCGAGACGAUAGUGUUCGCUAACCUUUUUUAAAACAAACGAACCAAAAGCAUGCAAGCAUUUUUAUAUGAAUCUUUUUUCACUUUUUUUUGUGCGUCCACUUUUGCUAUAUAAAAUAAUGUACUUACACAUCGCAAACAGAGCCACUCGGAGGAAGAAAAACAGUAAUUACCGCACUACCAGUUGUGGAGAGGCAGACGAUGCAACGAUAACGAUAGAUUAAAUGAACCAUUCAAAUUUCCGUCCUCGUAACAAAAAAGUAAAGAAUUCUAUUGUGCAGUAUAAACCAACAAAAUCAUCAUCACCAUCAGACUAGCUAACAGAGAAGAUAAUAAAAGAGUUAAACCAAUAAUGCUGGAUGUAGGGAAAAGGCAUUAAUUCUGUUCCACUUUCAAACCCAAUAGCAAUUAAGAUGGUAUGCUAAACAUAUAAAUGUAUCGUUGUCGCACCAUUUUUCCGGCUGCAUUACGCUCGCUCUCUCUCUCACACACACACACCUUUACCCAUUCCUUUGUGUUGCUUAGUAACUUAUUAGAUAGUUUAGUAUUCGUUUGCUCUAUCGCGCUCGCGCUCUCUCACUCUCUUAGUACAAACGGUGAGCAUGUAGAGGAUCGCCCCCGAUUUUACGCGUGUGUGUGUGUGUGUGCGUGUGAUUGUGUACGUGUAAGUGUAUGUGUAUGCACCCCGAGUGGACGGCAGCAAAACGGGGGGAAACGAAGCGUUCAAUAUCCUAUUAGUUGUUAGCGUAAUGAUAAACAAGAACUACCAACACACAAACACAUACAGACGAUUUCGAAACAUAUCCUCCAAUACAAACAAAACUGAUUACUAGCCUGCAUAUUUAAAAGUAAAUAGGAAAGAAGAAAACCAAUGCCAAGCGAUGUGUCCUUCUGUGUAAGUGUUUAAAAUUUUUGGGAGAUGGGACACCGAUAACAAAAAAAGGGAAGAAAAGAGGAGCUUAAACCGAACUCCUGUUUUCAUUAAACCUUAACAAAUAGAUAAGCAGCCAGCCAGCAUAUAAACGUAAAGAAGAACAAAAAACAGGAAGAGAAACAAAACAAGAUAUUAAAAUGUGAGAUGCAAACAAGUCGAACACUUUCUCAAAGAGAUAGAAGAGAAAGAAAGAAAAGGCGCGAUAAGAGCGUGCAACAGUGGAUAAGAAAACAGGAAACAUAACAAAAACGAUAUACAUUUUAAGAACCGUUUAGUGGGUAAGUUUUACUUUUACAAAAUGAAAUUAUACUAUUUAAAUGAUAACAAAAAAAGCGAUCAGUGAAGGAAAAGCGAAAAGGAAAAAAGCUCCCAACGCGAAGUGAAAAGAAAGAAAUACAGACGGUGGAACCAUAUACUGAAUGUUAUACUUGUCCGAUUUAUAUGAGCAAAGCAUACAAAAUGGGAGUAAACAAAGCAGGCAACAACGGAAACAGAAAUAGGCCGGCGAUCAACUGCAGUAUAUAUGAGUGUUUAUAAAAAAAACCCCAAAUGCACCCUUAAAGUUGAACAGAGUUGAAGAAAACACAAACAAACAGAAUUAAACAAAAAGAAACAUCCCAAGACAAGUAGAGUAAAACAGCAUCGCCAGCCAAUAAAAUUAUAAAACCGUUAUAUCAGCCACAACAAAACGUGAGAAGGUGAGAGGAAAUGAUAAAGAACAUGUUAAAAAUGGAAAUAAAAUGAACAAACCAGCAUACAAAUACACAACCCGAUCCUAUAGACAUAUGUAAUGUGAAAUAAACUAGAAAAAAAUACAAAAUGGCUCCACUAUAGCAGCGUGAACGAAAUAAUUGUUGUCAGAGCACAUAAAAAGGAAGAUAAGAUAAUAAAGACAGGAAUGCAAGGUAGGAAAAACCCAGAAGAGCAAACACUGACAGUGAACAUGAAAAGCGGCAGCAGCGCAGCAUGCAAGCAACACACAAAUCCCAUGAAUGAGAAAAUCUCGAAAAAUAUACAUAUACGUAUUUCUUUAUUGUUAAUACAAAAAAA